GAGAGAUCCGGGGCGCACCGCCCAGUCAGCAAGGUUGCGCGUGCCCCGUGCGACCGCCAAGAUGGUGGUAGGCGCGUUCCCUAUGGCGAAGCUGCUAUACUUGGGCAUCCGGCAGGUCAGCAAGCCGCUUGCCAACCGCAUUAAGGAGGCUGCCCGCCGAAGCGAAUUCUUCAAGACUUAUAUAUGUCUCCCGCCGGCUCAGCUGUACCACUGGGUGGAGAUGCGGACCAAGAUGCGCAUCAUGGGCUUCCGGGGCACAGUCAUAAAGCCGCUUAACGAGGAGGCGGCUGCUGAGCUGGGCGCGGAGCUGCUGGGCGAAGCCACCAUCUUCAUCGUGGGCGGCGGCUGCCUGGUGCUGGAGUACUGGCGCCACCAGGUGCAGCAGCGCCACAAGGAGGAGGAGCAGCGCGCCGCCUGGAACGCUCUGCGGGACGAAGUGGGCCACCUGGCGCUGGCGCUGGAGGCGCUGCAGGCGCAGGUGCAGACCGUGCCACCACAGGGCGCCCUGGAGGAGCUGCGGGCGCAGCUGCAAGAGAUGCGCGUCCAGCUCUGCGCUCAGAACCUGCAACCGGAGCCCCAGGCAGUGUCCACGUCCCAGGCAGUGGCUGCGUUCGAGAAAUAGGAGGCUGCCGAAGCCUGAACUUGGACGUGGUCAUAUGUGUGCCCUGAUGUGGGCUUCUCCCCACCUAACCUCUGCCAGUGCUGGCCCAGCAGAAACCAACAGGAUGUUGAUGCAACUUGGCAUUCGGUUACCCCCUACUGAAAGACCAAUGGUAACCACCUCUUGGACCACCCCCCAGCAGGUGAAAUGUUCCAAUACAGCCCUCUCCGUCAUCCCUCACCCCACCUCUCUCCCCCUCUCCCCCCCACAAACCACGUCAACCUACAAGGUCCUGGUCAGCAGGACAUCAUGUGUACUCUUCUGGCAAAAGACAAAAUGGAACCUGG